UUGGACUAGAUGACCUUCUGGGGUCCCUUCCAACCCUUAUAUUCUAUGAUUCUAUGAUUCUAUGCAUAUAAGUAUGCAUCUGAGUGCUUCAAUUUAUUUCAGUGGCACUACAUGUGAGUAGGGUUACACACCUGCCUAAGUGCAUAACCCGUUCUGAUAGCGUGGCUAUCUGUCCACUUCCAGAGUCUGGAGCACAGCAUAGUCGUCAGGUCUGCUACUGUCUCUGAUGUAAUGCCGCUGCUUCUUUCGCUCCAGCAGUAAGAGAGUCAUGCCUUUAGCUCCAGCAGUCCCAGAUCCAGUCCCCACAGAUGGCCUCAGCAGGGUCUCAUUGCAAGUGUUUGCAGGAUCAGGGCCUUGGGUGUCCAAGCCAUUCACGUUUGCUUGAUUAAUUCACAUGCCAGGGGCACAGAGGGAAGCUCUUUGCAUAAACAAUCAGCUUCAGCCACUCUGCCUGGCUCUUGGAUGCCCAUAUCAUUCCAUGCAAAUAUGCACACGCUCUGCCCCACCCUUCCUCCAGGAACCAGCUUUCUUGUUUAGUAACAAUUCUCAUUUCCUUCCAUGAGUGCAAGGUGCUUUUUUGAGAAUGUGUCAUCACCACUUCAGAGCUGUCAGUCAUGUGGAAGAGACGAGGCAUAUGACUGGUGUGUGGGUGACGGAUGAAUAGAACUUCAGACCAUCUAUGGGAAAAACUGGAGACAGCCUGAUACAGUCAAAACACUUAUAAAUAUCCAAUAUCCAUGACUCUUCAGGGAUCUUCGCCUUUCCUUGGGACGAUAACAAGCCUCAUUAGACCCUCUCCAGUAACCUAGAUAUUGUCCAUUGGGGGAGACAGAGGUGAGACUGCCAUUGUACUGGGAGACAACUCAUUGCUUUUGCAUCACAUCACUUCAUUUCUCUCAGGGCUCACUGGCUUGCCGACAAUGUGCGUAGGGAAGUGCACUCGGAUUCUGGGCCCAUGCCUCAUUGCCUUGGGUGUGCUUUCCAUUGCUGCCAACGUGCUCCUCCUCUUUCCCAGCUGGAUGUGGAGCUAUCUGAAGGAGGGCCACAUCACCAAACAGGCUAUGCAAGUGCCAGGAGUCUGGGGAGGAGGCAUAAUUGUUCUUCUGGCUGCAACUCAGAUCACGGCUGUUGGGUGGCGCUGUGGCCGUUCCUCCGACUGCAGAACUUGCCGGAAUAUGUUCCUUUCCAUUGUAUUGUCGGGGCUGGCGUUGCUGGGAUCUACUGCUUGCUUUAUCCUUUCGGGUGUGGGCUUGACAAACGGACCCCUCUGUCUAUACAACCAGACUGAAGUCCCGCAGUGGGAUUACCCUUUCAUAAACAUGGAAAACCAGGCCUUCCACACCAGGGCUCAGAAUUAUUUGUAUGACCAAUCUCUCUGGAAUUCAGUCUGCAUUGAGCCCCCGAAUGUUGUAGCCUGGAAUAUUUACUUCUUCUCUGUUCUACUGGUCAUCAGCGUGGUCGAAAUGGUCCUGGCUUCUCUUCAGAUCAUCAAUGGCUUCUUUGGAUGCCUCUGUGGCUUAUGUGAAGGCAAAUAGGUUCAGUGCACAUCAGACUCCUGUGUUGCCUGGAUUUUGCUGUGCAGAGUAGAGGUGGCAUUUACAAAGGGGUGAUCAUCCCAGAGCUUUGAGCCUUUACAUCAGCUACACCUGUGCAAAUAUUAAACCGAUCGUGGUCUCCUGGGUAGCCAUAUUACUCAUCACUACAAGGACAUUUAAUACACACUAGAAUCACUGCCACCAUUUUAUACCAGGGUGGCAGCUAGAGCUGGAUAUCAGACUUAUGCUUGUGUGAUGGAGCUUCAAUGUAGUUUCUGUAUGAACACAUUGUACUGAAUUGAUGGGGCCAUUAUAUGAAUACCCUUUGAUUUCUACAGGCACAAACCCAGGAGGAAGCGGAAAUAAUCCGUGCUAGCUGUUUACCUUUGUCUGGGAAGGGUGUGAUGUCCCUUAGCGCCAGAUUCAGGAAAUGUACAGACCCUUUGUCAAGGGAAGAACACUGUGCAAGUCUGGAAAGAAGCCAAGACCUAGGGCACUAGACAUGACAGAUUCUGCACAUGCAAGGGAUUGCUUUGAAGAACAAAUGAAUCCUGCGUCAUCUGAUCUGGGUUUUCCCACCCUGUGGUUUCAUCUGUGCUGAGGCAAUGCCUCUAACUAGUGGCUUGAAACUGGCCUGUCUGAGGGCUGCUGAUUAACAGAGAGACUAUGGAUGGACUAUGUGACCCUUGAGCUUACAUUUUUCUUAAUGACAAAGAGAUGGAAGGGGGCAUCACUUGGGACCAAUAACCUUUUUGACCUUUAUUCAUCAUAACAAAGCAAAAUAGCCAUGAGCCCCAUUUUUUCCUGUUUGCACAACCCAUAUGACUGUAGCCUAUGUAGCGAUAUUUAUAGUGACAUUAGUCCAAAACGUGGUUUAUUUUUUAUUUUAUUUAAUUUAUUAAUCUAAUAAAUCUGAAUUUAGACAUACUGAGUUGGAGCCUUCUGGAUGCUGCCAUUGGGUUUGAUCAUUAUUUGGCAUCUCUGAAGAGUGAGAAACCAAUUCCUGGACUCUGGGUCAGGACCAGUGUUCUCUCUAAUUUUUUCCAUCCAUGUGUGGAAUAAAUUGUUAGUGCACUAAGGUAAUGUGCGGAUGUAUGCCACCAAGAGAAAAACAAAACACCUAGAUAGAAUAUAUAUUUUAAAAAGAUAUUAUAGGGAUAAUUACUCCAGCCAGGACAGAUUAGGCAUUUUAGAACUCACUACUCAAAGAAUUAAAAUUAAGUGUAAGAGAGAAAUAAUUAUGAAAUGUGUAGACCAGUUAAACAAAAAUACUCUUUGAAAGACUAAAAUUACCGAGAAUAUAUGUGCAUUGCAGGAAGUACCAAGUAGUAACAACAAUAAUACAAGUAUGUGUUGGGAGUGUGUGAGCUGGCUGCUGGGGAAGUCUGAGAGACCGUGCACUGUCUCUUUAAGGCACUGACUCAGUCACUCACCUGGAAGGCUCGUUCAAACCUCAGACCACAGCAGCUCUCUCCCGCUCAGAGUCCUGAGCCAGGCUGUCCCCUCUCCCCUGCUCUGUGGAGAUGGGGUACAGGGGUGAGGGAAGGGG